UUUGUUAUUAGUUUUGUAACUCUUUUAAAUCCCGGGAUGAAUAUGACAUUUUUUUUAUUUACGAUUAAAAAAAAUUCCACAUGUCGAGUGAAAAUUACAGUUUUUAUCUGCCAAAUUUAAUAAGGAGAUUUUUUAAUUUUUUUAUCAGCCAACAAGUAUCGAGUGUAGAUGAAGUCGAAAAGUACUCGGAAAAUUCAGAGAAACUGCAGGAAAAAAUAACGAAUUUUAAUUUUUUGACGUGUGUUCAAAUUGUGAGACAGUGGUACCCAAAAUUAGUUACUAAAAUAUUUAAUACAUAUUAUUAUUACCACGGAAAAAUAUUUUUUGAAUCUGUCAAUAAAAAGUAUACGGUAACGAAUAUAUAUGAAAGUAAUAGACAAAUAAAUUUACAAAAGUAUAAUAAUAUUCUAUCCUUUGAACGUUACACUGAAGACAGAGGUGCAGAAAAAAAAAUUCAAGAUAUAAUUUAUAAUUUUUCUCAUUUUCCUCAAACAGACGAAACUAAUUUACGCGAAGUUGAUUCAAAAAUUUAUUACUCUCUCUUGAGUAAAAUAAAACUAGAGCCAAAGGAAAUUGAACAUCGUCUAGACAAAUUGGAACAGACUCAAAUAUCUCAUUAUACAAAUCAACGUUAUUGUUUUACCGUCAUUCAAAUAUCGUUGGAAAACCAUAAAAUUUUUUGGAACUCGACUCUAGAAAUACGCCCUCUGCUCAAAAUCCCAAUAGACCGGUCCAAAAAUUCAGGAACUACUGAAAUUUGUAUUGACCAAAAUUUCGUCACUAGAAAAAUUUCAAAUUCUGUUGUUAUGUCAGAAAAAUAUAUCAUCAAAAAUAAGUUGGAGCAAGAAAAUAAAUUUUUGAAUCCGUGGAUUCCCGCGGAAAUUAUUUUCAAAAAUUUAAAUUCCUUUGAAAGUGGCGCUAAAAUUAUAAAUGAUCAAAAUUCUGACAGUGAAGCCUCUGAUACUGAUGACAUGAAUGAAAAUCUAGAUGAAAGAAUAAUAAAUAUAACAAAAAAAUUGAUAAACUGGGAAAACAGAGCUUACGCAUACGCGAAAUUGAAAGGAAAGUCCUGGACAAUCUUAGCAACUCAAGAAACUAAUUUUGAUUUAUGGUUCAGUGACACAGAAAGUGACUCUUCAUUAGAGUUUUAGCGAAAAAUCUUCUGUACGCAAAUAAAAAAAUUUGUCGCAAAGACGAGGUUACUUGCAGUGAUACCGUAUGGACUUUGAGUAACUCGUGUGUUUGACGCUGUGGUUUCCUUUGAAAACCCAAGAAAGGACAACUGUAUUUCCUCCAGCUCCUGUCGUAGCCAAUGUUCAACAACCCGGAAAUGCAAAAUGGUCAAGCGAGUUUACAAGACAGUAUACAAGGCUGGAAACUCUUUUUCCAAUAAAUUCAAACAAUAUCAGAUUCACUUUGUUGAAUAUUAUGUCUUUUGCAAAGUCGGAUACAAUUUUACCUGACCUAGUCUACAAAAGGCUUUUAUGUAAAUAAUAUAAUUACAUAUAGUACUUUUCCAAAAGAUUCUUUGAAUGAUUUUAUUAAAUUUCAAACUCAAGCAGCUUUUCAUGAGUCAUAAUUUCGUAA